UUCCUUGCGACAAUUGUUAUUCAUCUUUGGACACACUUCAUUGGCUUUUAUGCAUAUAUAAUUCGAGAUCGAAUUUCACGAGCGAUUUUUUUACGAGCUCGAAAUGCUUUUGCAGCUGAAGAAAAAGCGAUACAAGAAAAUGCCAAGCUGGUUAUUAUUUGUCCUUUCAUUAAUGUUUUUGUUUUGUUAUUGUUUUUUUUCAGUGUUUCUUCACAUUCGAAUAGAUAA